AUGGCGAGUACUUCAUUUGAGGAAUACUUUUCAAUUCAGACAUUUUUAAUUGUUUUCAGAGAAACACUUGAAUCUGCUAUAAUCAUAUCAGUGUUGCUUUCGUUUGUGCAUCAAACAUUCAAUGGCAACACCAAAAAAUCAAACCGUGACACUCGCAACCAAACUUAUGAUAGUGUUGAAAGUUCAAGUUCAUUGAUUCCAUCACAGUCUGACGACCUUGCAUUUGAAAAAAAUGAUGCUAAACUUUGCAGAUACUUGCAAUUACAAAUAUGGAUUGGUGGAUUAUUGGGACUUUUGGUAUGCCUAAUAAUUGGUGCUAUCAUUCUUGGUAUAUUUUAUAUUAUUGGUAGUGAUUUGUGGACCGUUGCUGAACAUUAUUGGGAAGGUACAUUUUCAAUAAUUGCCAGUAUUAUCAUCUCAGUAAUGGGGAUUAAAAUUCUUCGUGUUAAUAAAAUGCAAGAAAAGUGGAAAUUGAAGCUUGGCAAAAUAUUGCAAUCUUCUGGAUACUUAAACAACUCAAGCAAUCAACAAUCUUUCGACAAGGCAGGUCGCACAUGGGCAAAUAGAAUUGAAUUAUGGUCUGAAAAAUACAAUAUGUUCAUAUUGCCAUUUGUUACUACUUUAAGAGAAGGUUUAGAAGCAAUAGCAGUUAUCGGAGGUAUCGGUAUCAAUGAAAAUACUUCAGUGAUGGCUCUAGUAAAUGCUGCGAUGUUGGCAAUUAUUCUGGGAAUUUUAGUAGGAGUUCUAUUGUAUCGAUAUGGUAAUACUUUGUCUUUAAAGAUGUUUUUAAUCACAUCAACUUGUUUCUUAUAUUUAGUUGCAGCUGGUUUGUUUUCCAAAGGGGUCUGGAAUUUUGAGUUGCAGAGGUUUAUUGAUAAAUGUGGAGGGCUAGAUGUGAGUGAGACUGGCCAUGGUCCUGGAUCAUAUGAUAUCGCAAUAUCUGUUUGGCAUGUCAAUUGCUGCAAUGGAGAAAUGCAAGAAGAUGGAGUUUUCUGGAUGGUUUUCACUGCUAUUUUAGGAUGGACAAACUCUGCUACAAUUGGUAGUGUUGUGAGCUACAAUGUUUAUUGGAUUGUUAUUAUAUUGGUAUUUGGGUCUUUGAUUUACGAAGAAAAGAAUGGAUUUUUACCAUUAAUUCCUAUUUCCUGGCAAUUAAAAAGAAUCCAAAAGAGGCAGAAUUUGUACCAACCUUUGAAUGCUCCCGAGAUUGGUGUACAUGAGGAAGUCAGAGAAAGCAUCGACACAUUAAAUUCAGAAACCCCCUUACAAAGAUGA